GAUUUAACUCAAACUGCAACAGAAGCUGUUUUUUUCCAUCACUGCUGAUCUUCUCAAAUCAUACACAACAAGUUGCGGUUUCUUCUUCGUUUGUGGGUUAAUUUGCCAAGCUUUUUGACGGUCGCGCUGCUACUGUGGUUACACGCGUGUGUUUGCACAAAAUGAAAACCGACGUGGAACCCGUCGCACAUACACACAACUAGCGUGCCCUGUACGACUCGAUGAAAACCAGUUUGUUUGGAUCAGCUUCAGUCUCACAGAACUCUUUCUUUAUUAUUAGAAAAAAAACAAAACGGGUUUAAACAAGACUGCAUGAACCAGAAGACUCAUUUACAAACCUGCACUGACACGUUUACAAUCCAGAGCGAUGAACAGAAAUUUGUAUCACUGAAAAUGGACUUAAAUGUGUUUGUUUUUGUUUCUGCCAUCCUGACAAUAUCUGAAGGGUUCACAGUGAAGGGUUCUUCAGAUCCUCUGGUUGUUCCUCUGGGAGGUUCAGUGGUUCUGCCCUGUUCUGUUGAUUCACUCUUACCACUGAAAGAUCUGGAGGUGGAAUGGAGAAGAUCAGACACACAGACUCUCAUUCAUCUGUAUCAAGAUGAAGAUAUCAGACCAGAGUCUCAACAUCAGGAUUAUCAUGAUAGAGCUAAUUUCUUCACUGAAGACAUUAAACAUGGAAACUUCUCACUCCUGUUGAACAAUCUGACAGCUGAAGAUGAGGGUCAAUACACAUGUAAAGUUUACAGUGGACAAACAUCUGGAGAAACUGUGGUGGAAAUUAAACAUGUUGAGCGUUUGAUAGUGUCAGGAUCAAGUCCCUCCAUAUCUGUGUAUGUGGGUGAUGAUGUCACUUUGAACUGCUCUGUGAAUUCUCACAUCAAACCUGAAGAGAUUGAAGAGGUUUCAUGGAAGAAAACAGAUAAAGGUGAACCCAUCACAGUUCUUCUCUAUCAAAACAAUGAAACUUUAUCAGGAUCAUCAGAUGAACAAUACAGAGACAGAGUUGAGUUCUUCACUGAUGAAAUCCACAGAGGAAACUUCUCUCUCAGAUUGAAGAGAGUCACAACUGAAGAUAAAGGAGUUUACAUCUGUCAAGUGUUUGCUGGAGAACUUUCAGGAAACACAACUGUAAUACUGCAACAACUGGGUUUCUCAGUUUUACACAUAAUUGUGUGGAUUCUGUGCAUAACUACAUGUGGAUUGACUCUUCUGUUCUGCUCUCUCAUCUACUGUAGAUCAAACAAUACAGAAAAGGACGACCGCAAACAGCAGCAAAAGCACCGGGUGCCUGAGAUCCACUGGAGAAACCCAGAGGACAGGGAAAUGUGUGAACUGCAGAAAAACCUCUGGAGCCUCAAUGAGGCAAGACAAGAUCCAGUUUUUCGUCUUCAGAUGUGUCUGGUCUUCUGUCCAAAUCUCAUCAUGUUCUUUGCUUUUAUCUUCUGGGGUGUUUCUGAAGGAUCUGUGAAUGAGACGAUCUGCUGCUGUGCUCUUUAUUUUCUCAGACCUCUUACUUUACUCUGGGCAGCUCCAUAUAUAAAUGUGUUUAAAGGUAUGAUGUGA